GAGAACGAGGAAAGGUAGUCCGUGUUCGUUGUAAUAAUAUUCCAAUCUACCUGGAAUACCUUUAAAUAGAACAUCCUCAAGAAGCUAAGGACCCCUUCAUUCAAAGCCUAAACAUACAUUUGACUUGAACUACAAGAAAAUCAAUCUCAGCAAGAAUUCUCUUCUUCUAUCUGCACUUUUCUCUUUUCUUCUUCUUACUUCAUCCAUUUAAGACAAUCAUGGUGAUGACAUUGAACCUGCACAAAAGCCUGAAACGGAAAAGACAGGUAAUACCGAUAAGAGACUUUGAAAUGGAGGCUUAUAAUUCAGGAAAAGAAGGCAUGAUAGAGAUUGUGUUCUUUGACUUGGAAACAAAUGUGCCCAAUAAAGCUGGGCAACGUUUCUGGGUAUUGGAGUUUGGUGCAAUUGUGGUUUGUCCCCAGAAACUUGUAGAACUAGAGAUCUAUAGCACGCUGAUAAGGCCCAAAGAUUUGUCUGUGGUUUCUUUGAAGUCAAGUCGAUGUGAUGGGAUAACAAGGGCAGCUGUUGCGAAUGCACCAAGCUUUGAACAAGUUGCUGACAAGAUAUUCAGCAUUUUGAAUGGUAGGGUGUGGGCAGGCCACAACAUUCAAAGAUUCGAUUGCAUUCGUAUUAAAGAGGCCUUUGCUGAUAUUGGUAGGCCUGCACCAGAACCUGUUGGAAUGAUUGAUUCUUUAGGGGUCUUAACUGAAAAGUUUGGCAGAAGAUCUGGCAAUAUGAAGAUGGCAUCGUUGGCUACAUACUUUGGGCUUGGGCAGCAAAAGCACAGGAGCCUUGAUGAUGUCCGAAUGAACUUGGAGGUCCUCAAGCAUUGUGCAACAGUGCUAUUCUUGGAAUCAAGUCUCCCAAACGUAUUGAACGGCAAGUGGCAAGGCUCUCCAACAAUUAUGACAAUAAGUAGAACAAACGGAAAAUUGCAAUACAGAGAAGAAGCUAGCCAGAAAUCUCCCCAAAUUAGUUCUAUUGGAUAUCAGAAAUCAGUUCCCUAUACAAGAGGAAGUUUGCGAAAGAUGAUCAAGGCAUGCAUGUCCAUCCGACUUUGUUUCUUAUUUGAAACAACGGAGUUCACGUAACUUUCAACGGUGGAAGAAAAAAAAAGCUAGCUCAUGUUCAAGGUGUUCAUUUUUCAAUUGAAAUGGAGACUCUACACGUUUCAUGCAAUGGAGGAUGACGAAGUGAAGUACAUUAAAGAGAGCUCGUCCCUGUUGGAAUGCACAAGUGAGGACGCUGAAAUCAUCAAAAAGAUGCACUACAAGAACACCAAUCAAUUUGUUUAUCCUUAAUUUAAUUGAUUAAUUAGGUCAUUCUUUUUUCAAGGCGGUUCUUAUCUG